AUGCCGACCACCCCAGAAGACGGGAGAGGGAGGUCCCAGAUGAAGGCCCCCAGCCCGAGGGGCAAGGACCCCAGAGAACCAGAGGCAAUGGGAAGCCAGCCCCUCCCCAGAGGCCAGCCCCCCGCGCAAGCUGGCGGCAGGACCCCAGGCCCCAGGGACAUUCUUCAGAAAGGCGGCUCAGCAGUAGAUGGAGCCAUUGCUGCGCUGCUGUGCACCUCUGUCAUCAACCCACAGAGUGCGGGCAUCGGCGGAGGGUGCAUGUUCACUGUGAUGGACAGCUCUGGUAACAUAACAAUCAUCAGUUCCAGAGAGACUGUGCCUGCAAAGGUGAACCCUGACCUACUUAAGUCAUGCCACGAGACCAUGGCGCGGAAAGAAGACAGCAGAUGGAUCGGGGUACCCGGGGAAAUUCGAGGUUAUGCAGAGGCACACAGGAUUUAUGGGAAGUUGCCGUGGGCCACCCUCUUUGAGCCGACCAUCCGACUGGCCAGAGAAGGGUUCCCUAUUCCUUAUGUCCAAGGUCUACAGAUCCCACGCAUUGCUAAUACAUCACUACGGAAGUUAUAUUCAGAUGAGAACGGGAACCUGCUUAAAAUCGGUGAUAUUGUGAAAUUUGAGAAACUGGCUGAUACUUUGGAGAUGAUUGCAAAGCAGGGGCCAGAUGUGUUUUACAAAGGAAGCAUAGCAGAGAAUUUAAUCCGUGACAUACAGCAAGCAGGAGGAACACUCACACUGCAGGACUUGGCAUCAUAUAAAGUUACAGUGACUGAUGCGUGGACUGUUCCUUUGGGAGAGUACCAGAUGUACUUCCCCCCACCCCCUGCAGGAGGAGCCAUCCUUAGCCUCAUCCUCAACAUCAUGAAAGGAUAUAAUAUGAGUUCAGAACCUAAGACAACUGACGAAAAGAUUUUAUUUUAUCACCGUUAUACUGAAGCUUUAAAAUUUGCCAAUGGAUUAAAGAAAUAUAUCCGAGAUCCAAAGUUCAACCCAGAUAAAUUCAUACAGAUGGCAAAGAAUUUCACAGAGGAUAGUUUUGCCAACCUCAUUUGGAAAAACAUAAUUGAUGAGACUCAUGAUGACGAGUACUACAACCGCACUGCGUAUGUUGACAGCAUCGGUACCACACAUGUGUCUGUGUUGGCUGAAGAUGGAUCUACUGUGUCUGUCACCAGCACCAUCAAUGCCAUAUUUGGCUCCAAGGUCUUCUCUCCAAGUACUGGAAUCAUCCUCAACAACCAGCUGUCUGACUUCUGUGGAAGAAAUGGUAGCAUCUCUUCUGGGGAGCGUCCUCCCUCCUCUACAGCCCCAGCUGUGCUUAAGUCUCAGUCAAAGACACUGGUGAUUGGAGGGUCUGGGGGGAGUUGGAUCACAACUGGAAUGGCCUUGGCGAUCCUGAACCACCUUUGGUUUGGAAAGAGCCUUAAUGAGGCAAUCGAUGCACCAGUUGUUUAUGUCGACCCUGAAAAUGAAGUAAAGUUUGAACUCAGGAGUGAAAAGGACCUAAUUGAUGCUCUUGAAGCUAAGGGACAUAAAAUAGCAAAAUUCUAUAAUGUAGUUAACGCUGUGGAGAAGGACGGCAGCUGUAUUUCUGCAUGGUCUGAUGAAAGAAAAAAAGGCAAAGCAGCUGGUUACUGAGACC